UAGAGUGGGCUUGGCCAAAUAGCCCUUUCUAUUUUCUCCACGACACAGACCGAGACCGAGCAGGCAGAGAAGCCGACGCCGCCCCCGUCCCCCACCUCUCUCCGGCCCUCUCCGCCGCCGCUCCGCCUCCGCCCCCUUCUCCGGCCCUCUCCGGCGCUGCUCUUCCGGCGCCGCCCCCGGCCCCAACCUCUCCGGCGCCACUCCGCCUCCGCCCCCCCUCUCCGGCGUGUCUCUCUCGGCGUCGGCCCCGUCCCCCACCUCUCCGUCGCCGCUCCGUCUCUGGCCCCCCUCCCCUGGGCGGCUGGGGUGUGGACGGCGGUAGUGCAGCUGGCGUCGAUCGCGGGGCUGUGGAGGCCGCGGGCGCUCGCUGGCGAGGACCGCGUCGCGGCGAGGCUGUCGCCGCCGGCGCUCGUGCCGAGGAGUGAGAUAUAUUUGUCCUUUCAAAACAGCUAAUGGACUAAAACCGAGGAGUGAGGUAUAUUUGUCCUUUCAGGUUCGGUAGCGCCGCCGCUCGCCGCGCCCUAGCGCCGCCCCCCACCCCGCACCCAUCGGUUUCGCGCUUGGGAAGUCCUCCCUUACCAGGCCGGGCGAUGGCGGCGGCGGCGGCGUUUAUGAAGCUUGCGCUCGAGCAGGCCCAGUUUGCAUUGGACAACCUUGAGGUCCCUGUAGGAUGUGUGAUUGUGGAGGAUGGGAAGGUGAUUUCUUCCGGUAGCAACAAGACGAAUGCCACCCGGAAUGCUACAAGGCAUGCUGAGAUGGAAGCAAUUGAUAUCCUUCUUAGGGAGUGGCAGGGCAUGGGACUUGAUCAGCCACAUGUCGCAGAGAAGUUUGCAAGAUGCGACCUUUAUGUCACAUGUGAGCCUUGCAUAAUGUGCGCAAUGGCGUUGUCGAUACUUGGAAUAAGGGAAGUGUACUUUGGCUGUGCUAACGAUAAAUUUGGUGGAUGUGGAUCAAUCAUGUCACUGCACCAGAGUUCUUCUACUGAACUUUCAGGGAAGGAAAUUCCCGGACCAAAAGGUUACAAAUGUACUGGUGGGAUCAUGGCAGAGGAGGCAGUGGCUCUUUUUAGAAGUUUUUAUGAGCAAGGGAACCCAAAUGCUCCGAAGCCUCACAGACCUGUCCGUAUAGCUCCCCAAUGACUGGUUUGUUUAGUUACUCUGCGAGCAUGGUGCGGAAGAUAUGAGGAAACAGAUCCAGAAACUGGAUGGCGAUCCUAAUUUAAGGUUCAUUAAAUGAUUUAGAGUUAAGCAUUGCUGUACCAGACAGCGUCUUAUGUAUUGAGAAAACAGCUGCCACAUGUGUUCAUAUUAUUGCCAUUAUUAUUUGCAGCCAGAUAUCCUGCAUAUUUGAUGAACUGGGAGGUUUCCACAUUAUGCAAGCCUGUGUUUCA